AGUUUAUUUCGAAACGUCGGAGAUUGAACAAGGCGGCAAGUGUUUUUCGAUUUUUUUUUUUCGAAUAAAAAGAGGCAGUGAAAAAAAAACCAAAACAAAAAAUAUUUUCAAAACCAACCACCACAAGUGACAAGUGAAAAAGUAUUGAAUUGCUAUCAUGGAGCAUCUUAUAAAACAGUCGCUCAUUAUUGGCUCAUUUGCUUUGGUCUUUUGUCUGGCAUGCAUGGCAAUCGAAUUGGGCGAUUUGUAUGUCAAACUAAGUUGGGAGAUGCCCGAGGAGCGCCGUGAUAACUAUGUCACAGGUAUUGCUGUACGUUUGGCAUUGUUUUGCGGCGGAGCCAUAAUUUCCAGUCUAUUGAUUUGGGGUGCCAAAAAGAGACGUCAUUUUGCCAUCAUUCCAUCGGGAUUAUGUGUUUUGGUCGCCAUGGGCUUUACCAUAUUCUUCAUGGGUUACAAUUUGGUUCUGAUGCCCUUCGGACAAUUUGAGCUGUUGCAAACUACAGUACCAAUAUUGGGCGUCGAGGUGCUAAUAUUCCAUGUUUUGACCACAACCUUCAAAGAAAUAAGACGCCAACGUGCAGAACAGCCUCAAGGGUCUCAACAUGCCAACUAUUAUGAUAAAAUAUAAAUAUAAUUUAUAAAUACGUCAUAAAAUCUCACUGAAUUCCUUAAAAUGUUUUUUAGUAUAUUAUAUUCUAUAUUUCUAUUAUUAUUUGCAUCAUAUUUUUAUUUGGAAACAAAAUUUUGAUUAAGUCCUUAAAUAUUUUAAUAUUUGUCAAAUUUAUUAAAAUAAAAUUGUUUCAAAAUA